AUGGCCAUCACCAGCAAACAGUUCCUGGUCGGGGAAUGGAUCCUGCUCGCCCUCUGUUUUGUCGUCGUCUUCGCCCGACUAGCAGUACGCACUUGGCACAGGGUCUGGUCUUUUUGGCUAUCCGAGAUCUUCCUGCUGCUCGCUCUCUUGUUCUUCGUUAUACUUACUGUAGGAGACACCUAUACCAUGGCUAUAGGUAAAAACGUCUUUGAGGAUUACUACGACGAAGGCUUCGCAAAGUGGAAAUUUGCCAGCUUGAUUAUCUUCGAUCUUGGCUUUUACCUGCCAAGAUUUAGCCUACUGGCUUUCUACAACGAGCUUUUCCCUCGAAGCGAAACAAAACUACGCACGUGCCUCCAGCUCGUUUUAAUCUAUACCGCCUGCGCGUGCGUCACGACCUUGUUCGUGGAUGUAUUCUGGUGCGGCACCAAGGUCUCUGAGAACUGGGCCGACAGUAGUCCCGAGUGUACCACGGCAGACCGCCUGGAGCCCAUAUACAUCAACUGGUCGAUCGGUAUCGCUUCAGAACUACUGAAUCUCGUCGGCUCGACAGAAGUCGCCACCCAGAUCAUAGUCAUUACUCUGCCGGCACUGCGUCCGCUACUCGGUGUGGUAUCGCGUCGUUGGAGCGGAUACCUCCAGACCAGGACAGAGCAACGGAACAGUGCAAUGCUUUCCAACGUUAAACAGAAUCAGCAAGCGUCUGGCACGGUCGGUAGCGUCUAA